GAAGAGAACGUCCUGUCAGAAGUUGAUAUAAUUUAUGAUAAUAAUUUAAAUAUGAAAAUUUGGAAGAAAAUUAGUUAAAAUGGAUACUGGUAACAGACUUUUAUGUAAUUCUAAUAUUGAAUUUGAAGUAGAUGAAAGUGAAGAAGUACAGUUUGUGUCUGUAGGAACCACAGAAACUAUAGAUCUUGCUAUAGAUACUUUGAAGAUAACAAAUCAAAGGCAUAAUUAUAUUGCAGAAAAUGGAAUACAAACCUUUCAGAAUAGUGGUUUGGAAUCAAUACAGAUUGUUGGGGAUAUUGAAGAAAAUAAUGCCAAGAGACCAUUUAUUGUAGAACCUAAAGAACAAAGCUUUCACAAUAGUGGUUUAGAAUCAAUGCAGAUUGUUGAGGAUAUUGAAGAAAGUAAUGCCAAGAGACCAUUGAUUAUUGAACCAAAAGGACAAAGCUCUCACAAUAGGGGUUUGGAAUCAAUGCAGAUUGUUGAGGAUAUUGAAGAAAGUAACCCCAAAAGACCAUUGAUUAUUGAACCAAAAGAACAGUUGAAAUCUACCCCUAGCAUUGAUCUUAGUUCAAUUUUCAUCAUCAAAAGUCAUGGAGAAAGCACUGUCAAAAAACAUGUACCAGCAGAGAAAGUUCUGCAUUCUGCUCCAAAAAAUAAAUCAUAUAAUGAACAAAUUUAUUUGGGUAAAACUGGCAAUGAGAGAAAAUUGAAGAGAGCAGCCCCAGUUGUAUUGAAAGGAUUGAUAAUCAAGCAAGCUACAACUAGCACAGAACCAAAUGUUUCUCAAAGCCAAUCAAAUCUUAACACAAUCCCCACAACUCAUGCAGUGGAGCAAUCAGAUAUUCCAUCAAAAACUCCUGAAGUUAUUGAAAAAUGUGUAGAACCAAUUCACAAUGAGCAAGCUAAGGUUACAAACCAAGGUACCUCUACUACUGCUAAAGCUCAAAGCAGUUCAGAUGUCCAUGUUAGAGAAUUAACCAAUCCAGUUGUUGAAGAAAAUUCUGUGAAUAUAGUGCCUGCUCCAAAUCAACAAGAAACAUCUCUUGAAGUGGAUACUACUAGAAUCAAUCCAUGUGUCAUACCAGGCUGUAAAAUUUACAAAAAUGAGCAAGUGUAUGCUUUCAAAGUGCCAGAAAACAUUGCCCUACUUAACAUAUGGGAUAUGUGUAUUGAUAAGAUUGAAGCAAAAAAGCUGUUCUUCAAUGAUGUGAUAUGCAUAAAGCAUUUUGAUAAAUCUGAUGUGGUGCAUAAUUUCAAGAUCAUCAAACAAAAUGAAGCAGAAGUAUUAGUAGAUGAGCCAUUUCUGAGAAAAGGAGCUAUGCCUUGUAUCCAUUACCAUACUGAGUGUUGUGUUCCUGGCUGCACACAACUUGCAGGAAAAAGGUUCACAUUUCCAGUUCUCAAUAAUGAUAAUCUCCAUCUAUGGCUAUAUAUGUUGAAGAAUCUGAGCCUUAAGAAACUGUCUGCCAAGGAAUUGUUGAGGCACAGGGUGUGUGAGAUACAUUUUGAACCAGACUGUUUUGAUGAACAAAGAGAAUUGACUGAAAGAGCAGUUCCUACUCUACAUUUACCAGUGAAAGUUGAUCCUAAGUAUUUUGGGGAAGCAGCACUAGGAGUGGAUUUUAAUUCUGAUGUCAAACAAUGUAUUCACAGAUUUUGUAAUACCAAAGCAAAGCUAAAUGGAUAUCCUUCCGAUUUAUUUUCUUUGCCAUGCAAAAAUUUUGUGAGCUUGAAAACAUGGCUCACCACUUGUGGUAGAUCAGAUCUGAUAGCUGAAUCAAUCAAUUCAACCAUUGAAAGUACCAAGGGUUUUGGUGUUUGCAAGAAACAUUUCAUGCUACAAGAUUAUGAAGAUGUUUCAAUGUCCAAACUGAAACCUCAUGCUGUACCUAGAAAUAUUGAACAACAUUCCAUGAGUAAUUCUGUUAUAGUGUGUGCUUUUGAAUCAUGUUAUAAAAUAGCAAAUCAGAUUAAAAAAAUAUAUCCAUUUCCUGAAGAGACUGAAAGGUCCAAAAGUUGGUUGCAGGUGAUCAGAAGAGAGGAGUUCACUGAUAUGCAAAACAUGAAUGGAUAUGGAGUAUGUGAAGACCAUUUUGUUAAAUCAGAUUUUGUGGAUGGUGAACUGUCUUCAACUGCAAUUCCUAAAACUGUUAUCAAAUAUGGAGAAUCCAACAUCAGAAUCAGCCCUGCUUUCCCUGGAAUUCGAGGAAAAAAUAGUAAUAAUUGGAAAUCUCAGAGUAGAAAGAGAGAUCCAACUGUGAUUACCUCAAAUACACCAGAGGUGCAGUUUAUAUCUGAGAGUAUCCCACAACCAAUGAGGAUUCAUCCAAACACAUGUGUUUAUAGGGGGUGUAAAUCAAAAGCAUCUAUUUCAAAUCCAUUAUUACACUUUCCUGUGAAAAGCUCCCAAUAUAGAGCAUGGUUGAAAGCUUGCGGCUAUAAAAACUUUGGGCCUUUGUCAAGUCGCUACCAAAUAUGCAGCAAACAUUUCGACGAAAAAGCAUUUGACAAAAAUGGCCGCUUAAUAGACCCGUCGACAACACCUGUACAAUACAGACGCUCUAGACAUAUAGAUCCACCCCAGUACGUGGUGAUGGGUGUUACCUCUGGUUCUAUCCAGAAUUCGGCAGAUAACAAUUCUCAAGAAGAUUUGCAUAAGGAUGGAGAAGAUUCAAAAUGUGAUGAUGCUGAUAUUCUAAACGAAAUAGAUUUCGAAAUGCUGUGUGCAGUGGAAAACUGCGUCACCCUGUACAAGGGCCCCGAAGCCCUCAUCCACAAGUUCCCCCAUCCAGAUAAUGAAGCGGAGCGCUUCGAAAUGUGGCUGCGCCUAGUCGCCAACGAAUCCCUGGAUCACCUGAACGGACACGAGGUGCACCGCUCCUAUGUGGUGUGCGAGAGACACUUUGAGCGGUAUUUCUAUGCGGAGCACGCGGCAGGGAAGAGGCUCGUGCAAGUGGCGGUGCCGACCCUGAAUUUGGUCGCGAGUCCCGAUUGGCUCAACGGGUCGAUUUACUAUGAGAAGACUAUCCAGCCUCAUUUGAAGAGGCUGGGUCUUGAUGCCCCCCGAGCCGAAACUACUUGGCUUGAAACGGGACCUGUUAUAUUAAGUGAUCAGGAAGACAAAACGAAGUGCAUUUUAGAAAAAGAUCGAUUGAUUUUUCCAGGAAUGGGUUGUUUUCUGCAGAUAGCAGACAGGAAACCCGACGCAAAAAUUUUGGAAAGGAAAUUUCCGUACAAGAUAUAUAGAUGCAACAAAUCAUCAUAUGGUCCUGCAUAUACAGAAUAUGGAGAGAAUUUUAGCAUUCACACAGCUAUCGUAAUAGACGACGAUGAUGAGAGCGAAAGAAUUGUUAUGAGAUAUUUAUUAGAAAAAAGGAGGGAGAUAGAUGCAGCUUCAAUUGCGUCUGGAACUGAGAAACCACCUUCAGUUUGAAUGAAAUAUUCUUUUAUAUGCUAUAAAUAAGUCUAGAAAAAUAAAUAUUUUGCUUAAUUUAUAGUGCGAGGUAUGAAAGCA